AUGCCGCAAGGGAAGCAACUACGAGGUAAGAUUUCUUAUUAGUUGAGCUGAGUAUAACCAUUUUAACUCUUGCUAAUAAAUACAAUGUUUUUAUUGAACUGUUUUGCAAUUUCACGUGUCAGUGAACUUCAUGCUUUAUGAGAGACAUAUUGCAGUUCGUUUCAUGGUUUUAUCGACAAAAAUAAUUCCUUCUCAACAUAGAGGCACUUAUUGCUUAACUAUCAUCUGUGUGAGAGAACUGGGGUCAUAGCUGAUGAAUUUAGGUCUCGACCUUACAGCCAUAGCCCUAUUUACGAUUGUCCAACGAUGCCAGUUUUUCGGAAAACCAGGAUUGCAAAUUCUGUCCUCAUGUGAGGUAUGAGCACAACUCUGAUGUGUAGGUUUCAAGUAGGUACUGAACGUAAAUCAUAAAUCUUCACUGCACUGCGUAAUAUGAAAGGCUAGAUUACUUAUUUGUGUUUGCGCAAAUUGCGGACACUCAUCAGUUCAUUGCGUGCUGAUCCCAGUAGGAUGCUUGUUUCCAACGGUCGGGAGUUUGAAUCCGUAAGAAAUAGUUUUAGCCAAAGGAAGAAAGGGAAAAAAAGGGUUCAUAUCUAUCAAAACCAUAGUUUGGAGCCUUAAUUUUCUCUAGGUUAUGAACAGGAUCUCGUCGUAAAUCGUCGUUAGGUUUCAUGUUUCUCAUCCUCGGUGUAACAACCUGUGAAACUCACGAGUGACGUAAAACAAUGGAUACAAAGAAGCCACUGAGAAGUCAACACAAAAGAGCCAAGGAAAAUAAUAGCUAGAAAACAAAGUAAAACUUCACAGGUUUUUACACCGAGGUAAACCCUUGACCGUGUAUGCUAUUCACUGUGUCUUCACCGCUCAGGCAGCUACAAAAUAGAAGUAGUGCCACUGCUGCAGCAUUAACGUGUUAAUUUUUUGUUUGUUCGUAAAUCGAUAAACACAGGAACUAUAACAGGUGCAUGGCCAGAGUCAGUUUAGACUUCGUAUAAACUGCAAAGACAGGCCUUUUCCUAGCCUCCCAAGCAAACUUUCUAAGAGGAAUGAUUACGCAACGAACCCGUAAGAACGUCUGCGUGGGAGGCUAGCCUUUUCCUCGUUGUCACACGCAAGAUCCGGAGGCCUUAGGUCAACGAUGAAGAAUAUUUUAAAAACGCAAAAAGCGGUGUUAGAAAUUUUUUCAGAUGUCGGAAUACGUACGGUGCGCUCAGUUUCCCAAAUCAGCCCUACUCGCCCUGUCCCCCAAAUCGUUUUCACGCGGAUGACUUGAUUAAAUUUCCGUUUUUUUGAUGAAAAUAGUUAGGAGCCUAUUAGGGUAUAAACUGAAGCUCCAGGUAUGGCAAGACUACGAUCAAAUUUAAAACUGUGUUUUUAGGCAGCAGUUCCGGCUUUUCGCCUGUGGCAAACUCAGACAUGUAAAACACUGCAUUGUUUUCUAUACAUUGCCUGAAAGAAGUUAAAGUGGUGUUUCAUGGGCAAUUGCACAAUUUUUUAGCCAUUCUUUAUUUGCAUUUUGUUCAUAUGACCUCAUAUCCUCUCUUGCUCUUAUUUAUCUUUGACAAUUUUUCAGGUACAUUGUACGCACAUGCGUACUGUCCUACAGGUAGAUUUGCCCCUGUGCGACAAACGCAGACUGCAGGUUUGCAGACAGGCAGGUAAACAUUGUUCUAAAAUGCUCUAUCCCUAACCCUAACCCUUACCCUUGAAGGCUUGUUUUAGGGUUAAUUAGGGUAAGGGCUAGGGUUAGGAUUAGAGCAUUUUCGAGCAAUGUUUACCUGCCAGUCUGCAACUGGUUUGCACCUCAUCGGGCAGUUUUUGUUUUGCCGGACUGACAUUGACCAAAUCGCCGGCAAAGCUCACACAAUAUUCUUAGCUUAUGUUAGUAGACGUCAGUGGUCUACCCAGAAGAGAGAAACUAUCGACUCAACCAUGCAUGAUUAUUCGGAUUUGUUAGCGCGAGGAACUGAAAAGAGAAGUCUUCACUUAAUUUAUUUCGCCAUUCUUCUCACUUCGCUCGUGCACGCCACAUAGUAGUCGUUCUCUCUGGUCUCGCCCCUCCUUCGCGGGUGUGAUUCUCGGUCUUUUUUCGAGUAACGAAAAGCAUUGAACUAGGCUUGGUGCAAUCAUCUCCCGGGAAUCAUCUAUCGAUCGUCAUAAUUAUUCAUAAUAAUUUUGCUUUUUUAAAAUGGGGUUGUCAAGGGACAUGCUCAAUCCACCUUACCUUUAAUACUUAAUCUGUCAUAUCACUCUUGUUCGCAUGGUGCAAAAUGACUCAAAGUGUUGUUAUUCAGCCCCUUGUACAGCCGUCCCUCCCCUCAGAGAAAAAUUCAGUACCCAAGCUAUUGUCAUUUUGCUGCAAACAACAUCAAGUUAAUUUUUCGCUAACUACGCACAUUGAUAUUAGACCUUCACAACUGCGUACAGCAGGUGCUUCAACGCGUCAUUGAUUUUUCAAGUCCUUAUAACUACGGUGUCUGAAUUUCUCUCAUCAGAUCGU